UCCCAUUAUAUCAAAACCAAAACAAGCAUGGAUGACAGGAGUAAAUUGAACGUGUCUAACUCUAAAUUUUAUUCUGGCUACAAGAGAAUAUAGUGUUAUCUGUAGUGUAGGUUGGGCUAAUUGAAAAUGCGGUUAUAUCACUUCCGAUUUGCAUUGCUUAUAUUCGGCGUAUUUUGGUCUGUCAUAGAAAAUUCAUUAUCCAAAGAGCAUGAUGAAGGCUCCCUGACAGUAUAUAAUGAGCUUGUUUUUGUGUCGACCAUCAGUGGAAAGUUCUAUGCCGUAAGCAAACAGACUGGAAAAACAUUAUGGUCCUUGGAAGAAGAGCCUGUAAUCAAAGUGCCUACUGAUGUUUCAUCUGGGUAUAGUUUCCUUCCUGACCCAAAAGAUGGCAGCUUGUAUGCCCUCAGUGAUGGUCGAGAGGGCAUCAAGAAACUGCCAUUCACAAUCCCCGAGCUUGUGACAGCAUCUCCAUGUAAGAGCACUGAAGGAAUUCUUUAUACAGGUCACAAGCGUGAUAUUUGGAUGGCCAUAGACCCACACACAGGAGCCAAACUUCAAACACUAACAAUGGAUGGUGCUCAGAACACUUGCCCUUCGACAAAAGAGAAUACAUUAUUUAUUGGAAGAACUGAAUACACUAUUGUUAUGUUUGACAGCAAAACAGGAAUAAAAAGGUGGAAUGCUACAUAUCUUGAUUAUUCCUCCCAUGUGGCCCCAGAUGUCCAAGAUUAUGAAAUGCGACACUGCACUGCAAGCUCCAGUGGUUUGACAGUGACACUUGACAGUGUGACUGGUGAUAUACUUUGGCAUACAGACUUUGACUCGCCUGUUGUCGCUAUGUACGUGCUGCACUCCGAGGGGCUUCAGAAAAUCCCUUUUACAACAUUUGCACCGGAAACUCUGGAUCAUCUUACAGGACAACUUUCCUCAACACUCUGGAAAAACAGAUUCUUAGAACAUGGACAGAAGAAGAUAUUUUACCCUACAUUGUAUGUUGGAGAAUAUGAACAUGGAAGUUUUGCUACAGGAUCAUAUGUAGAUGAGAAGACUGUCACGAUAUCACCAAGGGCAGGUGGCAUACCUCAGCUUGAGGGACCAAAGGGAAGUGUACAGGACCAAAAACCCAAGAAUAAUCUACCUCAAACACAUGAAGAGAAAAUGAGGGCUCAUACAGUUAGAAGAGAGGAUGCUGUACUGUUGUUGGGUUAUCAUGAAGUUCCUGAAGAAGAUCAAAACCAAAUAACCUCAGCAAUCCAGAUUACAGACAGGUCUGAAACUACUGAUAAAGUCAUACCACCUAGACACAAGCCUUCUAAACAUAAUUCCUCACCAAAACCAAAAUUUCCUCCACAUUUGGAAAAAGGGGAGAGUACUAAGGAGAAGUUAAAUCAUACUGUUACAGAAAUUGGAUUGUUAGCACAGGCCAUGGAUUAUUUGAAUGUGGAUUUCAAGUUUUUGACCAUUGUAAUACUGCUUAUAUCAAUAGGAGCUGUGGUUGUUAUAUUUCCAAGGACACCAGAUGAGGAGUCAUUCAAGAAGAUAUUACGUAAGAUAGAAGAACAUAAGUUGAAUGAACAGACACAGAAAUCUGCACAGACUUCAUUUAAUGAGAGAGACAGAUCAUUUUCUGACUUACAAUAUGAUGCUGUACCAGAUGGGCAUGUUCAAGUUGGAAAAAUUGUGUAUAAUCCUAAAGAGGUUCUAGGGCAUGGAUGUGAAGGCACAUUUGUUUACAAGGGGACAUUUGAUCAACGUAGUGUAGCAGUGAAAAGGUUACUACCAGAAUGUUUUAGUUUUGCUGACAGAGAGGUGGAGUUGUUACGGGAAUCGGACCAACAUCCUAAUGUCAUACGCUACUUUUGUAUGGAGGCAGACAGCCAGUUUAGAUAUAUUGCCCUAGAGUUAUGUACAGCAACACUGGCUAGUUAUAUAGAUGGCAAGAGCAAGUUUGACCUAGAUCCUAUAACCAUAUUAUAUCAGGCAAUGUCUGGCUUAAAUCAUUUACAUUCCUUAGACAUUGUACACAGAGAUAUAAAACCACAAAAUGUGUUGAUAUCACAACCAGAUUCUCAGGGCAAAGUUAGGGCAAUGAUCUCUGACUUCGGGCUUUGUAAAAAAUUAGCCGCAGGACGGCUCUCAUUCUCACGGAGGUCUGGUGCAGCUGGAACAGAAGGCUGGAUUGCACCUGAAAUGUUAAAUGAAGAUCAUAGAACAACAUGUGCAGUGGAUAUAUUCUCAGCAGGCUGUGUUUUAUAUUAUGUGGUAACGAGGGGUAAACAUCCAUUUGGGGAACCAUUACGCCGCCAAGCCAACAUUCUGGCAGGGGAAUACAAUACAGAUUGUCUUCCAGUCACUGACUGUUUUGUUAGGAAACAGUUGAUUGAAUCCAUGAUAGAUUUUGACCCUGAUAAUCGGCCUUUGGCAAAGAUGGUGCUUAAACAUCCUUUCUUCUGGAGUCUGGAAAGACAACUCUCUUUUUUCCAGGAUGUAAGUGAUCGUAUAGAGAAAGAAAGUGAAUCAAGCUUGGUUGUUAAGAAAUUAGAAUGGGGUGGCGACCGUGUGGUGAAAGGGGAUUGGCGCAAUCAUAUCUCUAUGGAAUUACAAAAUGAUCUGAGAAAGUUUAGAACAUACAAAGGACAAAAUGUGCGGGAUCUUUUAAGAGCAAUGAGGAACAAGAAACACCAUUAUAGAGAAUUACCUGAUGACGUAAAAGAAUCCCUAGGUUCUGUACCGGAUCAGUUUGUCCGCUACUUUACAACAAGAUUUCCACGUCUUCUCAUUCAUACAUAUACUGCAAUGGAAUGCUGUGCGCAUGAACGCGUUUUCCAACAAUAUUAUGAUGACAGUAAACACACGCCUCCUCCGGAAGCUGCCGAUAUAAGAUGAUUGAAAGUACAGUGAUAAAUUACAUAUAUAUUUGUACAUACAGACAAAGAUAUGACUUCUUGAAGUGAGAAUGAAGUUUUUUGAAACUUGAGGGGCCGGUACGUACCACUAUGUGGAUUUAAAUGUGUUAAGGAAUCGAGAUGUGCAGAAUGUGAGACAAUUAAAACACAAACUCGUGAUUUUUAAAUUGAUUAAAGUGACUUGAUAUCAAUUGAUGAAAUGGAAUUGAUACGAAUGCAGAGACCUUUUAAACACAAACCAUUUUGUGUUUUAUGAAUGUGUGCCGCCUACAUGAACAAUGAAAUUUCAUGAAGUACCUAGCUUCUUGAAUGUUGUGAAAUUUGUACACAAAUUCUAAUGUUUUAGUAUAUAAAUGACUAAAACAACAUGGGUCAGGAAUAGUUUAUUUUACAAAGGCAUUUAAAGAUAAGGUUUAAAAUAGCAAAUAAGUCCUAGUACGCAGAAACCAGUUCGAUACCUAGUCUUAAAAGUAUUAAUUAUAGGAUCUAGAGUAAACAGUAGUACUUCUCAGUGAUAAAUGAUAGCUGAAAAUACAUUGGAACUGAAAACGAUUUAUGCAUAUAUAUGAGCCGCAUCAUGACAAAACCAACAUAAUGUGUUUGCGACCAGCAUGGAUCCAGACCAGCCUGC